GCAACUCAUUCAUCAAUCUUUACCAAGAACAAAUUAAAUCAUAACUCCAAAAAGAAAAAAGAAAAAAUAAGGAAAAGGAAAAAUUAAGCACUCUCCAAUGGAGAGUGUAAUUCUUCCCUGCAAAUCAAUUUUCCCAACAAUUUCAGAAUUAUCCCAAAAUUAUCACCCAAAAUCAAAAAUACCCAUCAAUUAUGAACCAAGAUUUACAGAUACUCAUUUGAAUUAUCUUUGCACAAAUGGGCGCCUCAGUGAAGCCAUAACAGCUUUAGAAUCCAUUUCACAAUAUGGGUAUAAGGUAAAACCCGAAACUUUCUCAAAACUUAUAGAAUCUUGCAUCAAUUCGAAGUCACUACCUUUGGGACGUAAACUUCAUAAAAAGAUGAAUUUUUUACUUAAAAAAGUUUACCCUUUUAUUGAAACUAAGCUGUUAGGGAUGUAUUCCAAAUGUGGGUCUUUACAAGAAGCAUACGUUGUGUUUGAUGAAAUGCGUGAGAGGGAUUUAUUUGCUUGGUCUGCUAUGAUUGGUGCUUGUUCAAGAGAUAGUAGGUGGGGUGAUGUUGUGGACCUUUUUUACAUGAUGAUGGAGGAUGGUAUUGUACCCGAUAGCUUUUUGUUCCCAAAGAUUUUACAAGCUUGUGGGAAUUGUGGUGAUGUUGAGACUGGUAGGUUGAUUCAUUCUAUAGCGAUUCGAUGUGGAAUGAGUUCUGAAAUCCGUGUGAAUAACUCGCUUCUAGCUGUUUAUGCAAAAUGCGGGUUGUUAAUUUGUGCAAAGAGGCUUUUCGAGAGUAUGGAGAAGACGGAUAUAGUGUCUUGGAAUUCGAUUAUAAUGGCGUAUUGUCACAAGGGUGAGAUUGUGGAGGCCCGGAGGUUAUUGGACUUAAUGCAUCUUGAAGGCGUAGAACCCGGUUUGAUCACAUGGAACACAUUGAUAGCUAGCCAUAAUCAGUUAGGCAAGUGUGAUGAGGCGCUGGAAGUUAUGAAGGAGAUGGAGGGUAAUGGGAUAGUGCCUGAUGUUUUUAGUUGGACUUGUAUGAUUUCAGGUUUGGCUCAACAUAACAGGAACAGUCAGGCAUUAGAGUUGUUCCGGGAGAUGAGUUUCAAUGGAGUUACACCAAGUGAAGUAACACUUACAAGCAUAAUUUCAGCUUGUGCUUCUCUUAAAGACCUGAAGAAGGGAAGAGAACUUCACUCUUUGGUUGUAAAGUUAGGAUUUGAUGGAGAGGAAAUUGUUGGGAAUGCUUUGAUUGACUUAUAUUCCAAAUGUGGUAAACUUGAAGCUGCUCGGUUAGUCUUUGAUAUGAUCCCAGAGAAAGAUGUCUACAGUUGGAAUUCCAUGAUUGGAGGAUACUGCCAAGCCGGGUACUUUGGAAAAGCCCAUGAUCUUUUUACGAAGAUGCAUGAGUCUGAGGUAUCACCUAAUGUUAUCACGUGGAAUGUUAUGAUUACAGGACACAUGCAAAAUGGUGAUGAGGAUCAAGCAUUGGAUCUGUUCUGGAGGAUGGAGAAGGACGGGAGCAUUGAGCAGGAUACUGCCUCAUGGAACGCUCUCAUUGCUGGCUAUUUGCAAAAUGGACAGAAGGACAAAGCGUUGGGCAUGUUUCGGAAAAUGCAGUCAUUUGGUUUUAAGCCCAACGCAGUUACCAUUUUGUCCAUCCUACCUGCUUGUUCAAACUUAAUUGCUGCAAAGAAGGUGAAAGAGAUUCAUUGUUGUGUUCUGCGUUGCAAUCUGGAAAAUGAGCUCUCCGUUGCUAAUUCUCUUAUAGACACAUAUUCCAAGUCUGGGGGCAUUAAAUACUCGAAAGAAAUACUUGAUGGGAUGUCAACCAAAGAUAUUAUUUCUUGGAACACAUUGAUUGCUGGUUAUGUUUUACAUGGCUGUUCUAGUGAGGCAAUAAAGCUAUUUCAUCAAAUGAAAGAGGCAGGGCUUAAACCAAACAGGGGUACUUUCUCGAGUGUGAUUUCAUCUUAUGGUCUAGCCAAAAUGGUUGAUGAGGGGAAGAGUAUGUUCUCUAGCAUGUCCGAAGAGUAUCGGAUUGUACCAGGUCUAGAACAUUGUGUGGCUAUGGUUAAUUUAUAUGGUCGUUCAGGUAAACUUGAAGAAGCAAUUGAAUUUAUAGACAAUAUGACCAUGGAGCGUGUUAUUUCUGUAUGGGGUGCAUUGCUGACUGCUUCUCGCAUGCACGGUAAUUUGACUUUAGCUAUCCAUGCUGGGGAACAAUUACUCAAACUGGAUUCAGAAAAUGUAGUGAUUUAUCAGUUGCUCUUACAGUUGUAUGCUCUACGUGGGAUUUCUGAAGAAUCAGUAACUGUGCUGAGACCUAGAAAAAGAAAUCAUUGUGAAGAAUCUCUUAGUUGGAGCUGGACUGAGAUCAACAAUGUGGUGUAUGCUUUUGCUUCAGGUCAGCAGAGUAAUUCUGAGGUUCCAGAUUCUUGGAUAAAAAGAAAAGAAGUAAAAAUGGAGGGAUCUAGUUCUUGCAAUAGGCUCUGCAUCAGAGAAGAGGAGAAGGAAGAUAUGAGUAGAGUUCAUAGUGAGAAACUUGCACUUUCUUUUACUCUCAUUAAGAAUCCUCAAUCAUCUCGAGUGAUCCGAAUUGUUAAGAACCUCAGAAUGUGUGAAGAUUGCCAUAGGACUGCCAAAUUUAUUUCUCAGAAAUAUGAACGUGAAAUAUAUAUACAUGACUCGAAGUGCUUGCAUCACUUCAAAGAUGGUUAUUGUUCCUGUGGCAAUUAUUGGUAGACAAGUCUCCUCUUCUCCAAGGAAUUGAUAUGUCCACUGCUUUCUGAAGAAAAGUUUUGCAUGAAGUAAAGAGGAUCCUCUUUGACAAUGUAUAGAUGAUGGUGCAAACCAUAGCCACUCAAAUGCUGUAUUGCUGUAUAUACGAAGCUUCUUUGUUUUGGUCAGAUGUCUUGUAAAUGGAUGAGAGAAAUCUGGAUAAUGACACUAGUCGAUAGGCUCUGUAUCAAAUUGUACAUAUGCUAAAUAGAUAGUCUUUCUUCUUAACAAGUGUUCCUCUGAAAUCAUGUACUUUUCUAGCCUUUGUAUGUGGAUCCCAAAGGUGUGGCCAAGCAGUCAAUGAAGUUGGAGCGAAGAUCAUCAGAGACCAGGGUUCAAAUUUCAGUGAUUGUAACAUAAAGCUAGGCGAUAUACUUCCAUAAGCCUUGAUGGGAGCAGAUUUACCUGUUGUUUUGGUGGUUGUGGAAGGAUGCAGGAAAUUCAUAUGCAUUCCAUUGCCAGUUUUCUUUCUCAAUCCAGGGACUUGAAGGCUUACAUACUGCUCUCAGAUUGAGUAGUCAAUCGGAUAGUGAAAUGCCACGCUGAAGCUAUGGGAUGAUGAAACUUUUCUGGGAUCAAACAGAUAAUCCUAAGAAGAUUAUCAGAAGCCAUUCGCUGUACCGGAAUGAUGUCUGAUGUGUUCCCAAGUUGGCUUGUAAAUGAUGCAGUACACUCCUUUGGACAUGAAUAUCCUUACUGCAACAAUAUAAACUUUGUUUCAGGGGGAAAAAGAGAGGAAAUCUUGUCACAAGCAUAGAAGCUUUUGCUGGUAAAAUUAGUGUAUCUUCAUCAAGUGCUAACUUUUUUUCUUUCCUGUGCCUUAGUUAGCUUGCUUUAGUACCAAAUAUGUCUUGAAAAAUCACAUUGGAGUAUUUUUCUAAUUAUUAUUUUGGGUCUAGCAUGCAAAAAUGUUGUGCAGGAUUUAGGUUUUGUGGGCUUUUGGAGUUUGAUAGUCAACAAAGAUGAGCUCUACUGAAUUCUGA